UAGUUCCACCACUAGUAUCACGAUGUCGGAAGAAGUUAACCAGGCAGCUGAACAAUUGCAAAAGACCUACUUGGACGAAGCCACUGGCGAACAAGUUUCCAAGACCGAGUUGAAGAAGAGACAGAAGCUCAGACUUUUGGAAGCGAAGAGGGCCGAGAAAGCUGCUAAGGCUGCCGCCACUGCCCCCAAGGUGAACAAGAACAAAGAUCAAUUGGCUGACUUGAACCCCAACCAGUAUUUCGAGAUCAGAUCCCGUCAGAUCAACGAGUUGAGAGAAUCAAACAAUGAGAACCCCACUGCUUUCAACCCUUACCCUCACAAGUUCCACAGAAACAUCACGUUGCCAGAAUUUGCUGAAAAGUACAGCAGUUUGACCAGAGGUGAGACUUUACAGGACGUUGAAGUCAAGGUCACUGGUAGAAUUAUGACCAAGAGAGAAUCUGGUGCCAAGUUGAGAUUCUAUGUAUUGAAGGGAGAUGGUGUAGAAGUCCAGAUCAUGGCUCAAGCCCAGGACGUAGCCCUGGCUGAAGAGUACGAAAAGAUGCACGAAUACUUGAGAAGAGGUGAUGUCAUUGGUGUCACUGGUUACCCCGGUAGAACUGCACCAGCUAAGGGUGGAGAUGGUGAAGUUUCGGUCUUUGCAACUUCUGUCCAGUUGUUGACUCCAUGUUUGCACAUGUUGCCAACUGAGCAUUUCGGAUUCAAGGACCAGGAAGCCAGAUACAGAAAGCGUUACUUGGAUUUGAUCAUGAACGACGCCACCAGAGACCGUUUCAAGGUAAGAUCUAAGAUCAUCGGCUACAUCCGUAAGUUCUUGGACAACAGAGACUUUGUCGAAGUAGAGACUCCCAUCUUGAACGUCAUUGCUGGAGGUGCCACAGCUAAGCCUUUCAUCACCCACCACAACGACUUGAGCAUGGACAUGUUCAUGCGUAUUGCUCCAGAGUUGUUCUUGAAGGAAUUGGUCGUAGGUGGUAUGGAUAGAGUGUACGAAAUUGGACGUCAGUUCAGAAACGAAGGUAUCGACAUGACCCACAACCCCGAAUUCACCACUUGUGAAUUCUACCAAGCCUAUGCUGAUGUUUAUGACUUGAUGGACAUGACUGAGUUGAUGUUCUCGGAAAUGGUCAAGGAAAUCACUGGUGACUACAAGGUAACCUACCAUCCAGAUGGUCCUCAAGGUGAAGCUUUGACCCUUGAUUUCUCCAGACCUUGGAAGAGAGUCAACAUGAUUGAGGAAUUGGAAAAAGUCUACAACGUCAAGUUUCCUCCUGGUGACCAGUUGCACACAGAGGAAACUGGAAAGUUUUUGAAGCAGAUUUUGAUUGACAACAAGUUGGAUUGUACUCCUCCUUUGACCAACGCCAGAAUGUUGGACAAAUUGGUAGGUGAGUUGGAAGAUGCUUCGAUUAACCCUACAUUCAUAUUUGGUCAUCCUCAGAUGAUGUCCCCAUUGGCCAAGAAGGACAGAAACAUCCCAGGUUUGUGUGAAAGAUUCGAAGUCUUCGUAGCUACUAAGGAAAUUUGUAACGCUUAUACUGAGUUGAACGAUCCUUUCGACCAGAGACAGAGAUUCGAAGAACAAGCCAGACAAAAGGCUCAAGGUGAUGAUGAAGCUCAAUUGGUUGAUGAAGUGUUCUGCAAUGCUUUGGAAUACGGUUUGCCUCCUACUGCUGGUUGGGGAUGUGGUAUCGAUAGAUUGGCCAUGUUUUUGACUGACUCCAACACUAUCAGAGAAGUGUUGUUGUUCCCAACCUUGAAGCCAGAUUCCUUCUUCAAGGGCGAAGAAAAGCAAGAGAACUAGCUGUGAUGGUUUUGUCUGAUUGCUAGUCAUUUUAGAUAGUUUCCAUUAUAUCGUUUCGUUUCUAUAGUACAGUAUAGAUAUAUACAGUUACACAUAUAUAUAGUCUCAAUGGCAUCUUGUGUUUUCCUGUCUCU